AUGCCGACAGUGGCUAGCAUCGACAGCGACAAGGGCGGGGCGUCCAGGGCGAGAACGCAGCUGUGUUUUAAAAACACACACACACACACACACACACACACACACACACACACACACACACACACACACACACACACACACACACACAGCCGACCACGGGGGCGAAGCGCAGCAGCAGGUGCAGCCUUGCUGACAGAGACAGAGACAGAGACAGAGACAGAGACAGAGACAGAGACAGAGACAGAGACAGAGACAGAGACAGAGACAGAGACAGAGACAGAGACAGAGACAGAGACAGAGACAGAGACAGAGACAGAGACAGAGACAGAGACAGAGACAGAGACAGAGACAGAGACAGAGACAGAGACAGAGACAGAGACAGAGACAGAGACAGAGACAGAGACAGAGACAGAGACAGAGACAGAGACAGUGACAGAGACAGUGACAGAGACAGAGAGACCAAACAAAUCUUUUGUCUUAUUAUUGGGCAGCCAUUCCGGCUCAGCGUUAAUGUGUACACAUCGAUUGCCAAGUCGGAGCGGUUCAGCCCCUGCUGCGCCAUUGCCCGUGUCAAGCAUGGCGGCGGGGCCACCGGCCAACCUUGGCCUCUGCGCCCGGUUUGAUGAAAACGUGGACAUCACCAGGCACUACUGCUACAACGAACAACAACACGUCCAAGCCCUCAGCAAUGCGUUGGGCACCAUCUGCCCGAUUCUGGGCAGCGAAGACAAAAACGCCAUCGAGCGCCUGCUGCAAGGCGAGCGUUUCAUCUGGCAAGCGCCCCACUUCCCUCAAGAAAUUUCUCGUCUCAAGAAGCAGCAGCGCCAGCUUCACUCGCAAGCCGCCACCCUCCAGUCUCGCCAGGAAGCACUGGAACAAGAUCAAGCAGAGCUUCGCCAGUUGUUGGCCGAGGAAGAACAACUCGCCGCCCAAGCCGAAGCGGAGCGCGACAACGUCGCCAUCCUUCUCGCAGACAUUCGACAAUACCUCUGUGAUGACAAGUUUCUUCCAACAGCCGCAUCCCACGCAACUGCAGAACCCUCAGCCGACACCGCGGCACACAUGCCCACACCCAGCCAUUACAACCGCCGCAGCAUUCUCAAGGACAAUGUCUUGCGUCUCAUGCCCAGCAACAGCGCCAGCCCCGCUGGCUCCCCGCGUUCCCCUCGCCGUGUAACUUUCAAUGCCCAUAUUGAUGUCUCUCCCAUACCCUCUCGCCAAGACGCUGCCGCCGCUGCUGCCAAGGCCCCGCGCUGGAUGCAGGAGGCCUGGGAGCGCCGCGCCCAGCAAAAUGCGGGAAGCUGCCCCGAGUCUCCCACCAGCGCACCAGCCUCUGCCCCCUCGACCCCCAUCCAUUCAAGUCGCCCGGCCCGCGUGGCUUCUGCCCCACCCCCGCCCGAAUGCGACUUGGAAACGUCCAUUGAGUUUGAUCGCGUCAGCGCUCAAGCGGCUACGGCCCCUUCUCUGACUGGUCAAUUCAAGCGCCCCGCUGCCCCUGCGAAUCGCCGUCGCCCGACCAAGUGCGUAGCACACAUCAACGAAUGGACUGGCCCCACCGGACCCAACGAUGCCCAGGCCUUUGAUGGCUCGUCUUCUCACUCUAUGCCUCUUGCGCCUGCUUGCGCCAUCGACAGUCGAAGCGCCAAUGGACCAGAUGUCGACACGGCAGUUGCCCAUGCCUGUGCUUCCCCGCUGCGCGCCGUGGCCUCUCCGCGCGCAGCACCGCAUCAGCAUAAGCAGCCCCCCAUGGCCUCACCUUCUGAUCCUCAACUUAUGGAGAUCUUGGCCCAACGCCGACGACAGUGCGACAAUGCCGCCUCGACACCACUACAAAUUGUGCCAGGCCAUGCACGCCCCGCCCCCAGUGCUGAGGAAGACGUCCCCUAUUCGCCCUCGAUGAUGGCGCCGAUCGUCCCAACGACGUCCGAGCACCCGAGCCAAGGAUCCGAUUGCUUACCGGGUACCAAGGCCGCUGCCAGCCCAACCCCCAAUGCUUCGGCUCGUCAAGUGCCUCACCUCUUUCGAGAAGCCACCGCUCUGAUUCGCCAAUCCUGCCAGCUGUGCAGUGGCACCAUCAACUUUCAACAGCGCUACAUUCGCUGCAGCAUUUGCCAGCUGGUCUCACACUCGGAUUGUGCGCAAGACGCUCCAAAGGAAUGCGGCGUCUUGGCCACCUUCUCCCCGCAAGUACGCAAGCUCGCCAAACAAACCAUCUCGCUCAGUAGCAUGACGGAAGCCGGACGUGUGGUGCCAGCCAUCGUGACCUUGAUCACAUCUCAUAUCGAAGAUCACUGUCUGCGGCAGCCACAUCUUUAUCGAGCCUCGCCAGAGCACCAGGUCCCAGCCCUUGACCUCUUGGGGCGUUUCAUGAAGAACAAGCGUUUUCCGCUGACUUCAAAGGAGCCACAAGAGCUGACCAACUGCCUGCUUCGCUUCUUGCACCAACUGAGCGAGCCUCUCUUGACGCGUGAUCGCACGCCAGACUUUUUGCAUGCUGCUUCUCACCAGGAUGCGGCUGCACGCUGCCGGGCCGUGACUGCGGUGGCCGAGAUGCUGCCGGAGAUCAACUUUUUCACCCUUCAUCACCUGAUGAUGCAUUUCCGCAAGGUAAUCGCGCAUGGCCAACGAAACCUUUGCCCGCCCGAAGUCCUGGCCCAAGAGCUGUCCCCACUGCUGCUGGCCCAGCAAAGUGACGCACCCACUCCAGAAGCCAACCAGGUUGUGUUGACGCUUCUGCAGAUGACGCAGCGCCACUGGAGUACAGCGCAGAAGAAGAUUGAGGAGCGGGCGGCCAGCCUGGGUGCCAAGGCUCCCAAGUCACCAUCCUCGGGCGGCUUGUUGUCCUUUUUGGGAUUGUAAAUUAAACGAUUGCGCCUUUUGGAGCGCUUCUUGUGUAAACCCACUUGCACAUUUUCCUCUUGUCUUUGCGUUUAUAUGCGAGUCCAUUCGUUGUGGGCCCGCUUGCUGGUGCCCUGGCUUCACCUCUGGUCUGGCUGACCCGGGCAGUAUUGAUCAAUGAAUUUUCAAAAAUUUGAUGCUAAUUACGCUC